AUGGUUUUAGCGGACCUUGGACGUAAAAUCACGUCGGCCCUUCGGUCGCUCAGCAAUGCGACCGUCAUCAAUGAGGAGGUUUUAAAUUCUAUGCUGAAGGAGAUCUGUGCAGCAUUACUCGAAGCUGAUGUAAAUAUUAGAUUAGUGAAGAAAUUACGAGAAAAUGUACGUCAGGUUAUCGAUUUUGAGGAUAUGGCUGGUGGUCUUAAUAAAAGGAGGAUGAUACAGAGUGCUGUCUUUAAGGAACUUGUAAAGUUGAUUGAUCCUGGUGUUAAAGCAUACCAACCAGUAAAAGGCCGUCCUAAUGUGAUUAUGUUCGUCGGUUUACAAGGUUCUGGCAAAACAACUACUUGCACCAAGCUUGCGUAUCAUUAUCUUAAGAAAAACUGGAAGGCAUGUUUAGUGUGUGCUGAUACAUUUCGUGCUGGUGCAUAUGAUCAGAUAAAACAAAAUGCCACAAAAGCCAGAAUACCAUUUUAUGGCAGUUACACUGAAGUGGAUCCUGUAACAAUUGCACAGGAUGGUGUUGACAUGUUUAAGAAAGAAGGAUACGAAAUAAUCAUUGUAGAUACAAGUGGAAGACAUAAACAGGAGGAGUCAUUAUUUGAGGAAAUGUUGCAAGUCGCCAAUGCUGUGCAACCAGAUAAUAUAAUCUUCGUAAUGGAUGCAUCGAUAGGUCAAGCAUGUGAGGCACAAGCGAAAGCUUUUAAAGAACGUGUAAACGUCGGUUCUAUCAUAAUUACAAAACUAGAUGGUCAUGCUAAAGGUGGUGGAGCACUUUCUGCUGUUGCAGCAACACAAAGUCCCGUAAUAUUUGUCGGCACGGGAGAACACAUAGACGAUUUAGAACCAUUUAAAACAAAACCGUUUAUUAGCAAAUUGCUAGGUAUGGGUGAUAUCGAGGGUCUCAUCGACAAAGUGAAUGAAUUGAAUCUAGACGAUAAUGAAGAACUACUCGAAAAAAUAAAACAUGGUCAAUUUACUUUACGAGACAUGUACGAACAGUUUCAAAAUAUCAUGAAGAUGGGACCAUUUUCACAGUUAAUGGGUAUGAUUCCUGGAUUUAGCCAAGAUUUUAUGUCAAAAGGUACAGAGCAAGAAUCAAUGGCAAGAUUAAAGCGACUCAUGACGAUUAUGGACAGUAUGAACGACACAGAAUUAGACAGUAGAGACGGAGCUAAGUUAUUCAGCAAACAACCUGGAAGAAUAAUGAGAGUAGCAAGAGGUUCUGGCGUAACAGAAAGAGAAGUUAAAGAUUUAAUAACACAAUAUACGAAAUUCGCAGCAGUUGUCAAGAGAAUGGGUGGCAUUAAAGGUUUAUUCAAAGCAGGUGACAUGACGAAAAACGUCAAUCCUACACAAAUGGCAAAACUGAAUCAUCAAAUGGCCAAAAUGAUGGAUCCACGUGUAUUACAUCAAAUGGGUGGUAUGUCAGGAUUACAAAAUAUAAUGAAACAGUUACAACAAGGAGCUGCAGGUGGGUUGGGAAAUUUAAUGGGUGGUUUUGGUGGUAAAUCCUGAGAUGAGGCUCUGGGCAGUGCUGCUACUGCCGUUAAGGACUGUUAUAUACAACCCUCAAGAAAAUUACGCCGUAUUUGAAUUAUAAUACGAAAGGAAUUGUGUUUUUCUCACUUUAAAUGUGUUUUAUAAGUAAUAGCAUCACAGAAAUCAUUAUUAAUGAAGUGACAUUGAUAGUGGAUUCUCCGGCAUCUUUACGAAUCAAUCGUGAAAUCGUUAAAAUAUCUAUCAUGUACAUGCAAUAAAUUAUCAAAACGCGCUAACGUACAUGUUAUAAUAAGGAUGUUAAUUUAUCCCAA